GUACAUGAACUGAAUGCCAGUUGCCCAGGUUUGCAUGCUUCACAGGCAGGCUUAGGCAGAGUCCAACGUAAGAUAAAGGCAAAAGGCUCAGCUGAUAGGUCCACAUCAGGCCAAUGGCAGAAUCGAGUGGUCCUGAAGCCUUCAGUCGACAGUACUGAAGAUUCAGGGAACAGCUGUGAUGAAGGGAUGGGAGAUGAGUUUGACAGAAACAGAAAGGAACGCUCCACAUUGCUGUUUAGAAGGUACAAUAAGAAUAACCGCGAGGUGAAGAAAUCUGUUUAUACUGGCUCUCGGGCACGGACAAGAACGUUGCCUUCUGGGCAUAUUGGAGCAAAGGCCAAGAAGGCUGUCAAUCAAAAGAGAGGCAUUACUGUUGAACUCAAACUUCCCAGGAUUACUGCUGAGAAACUGACAGUAUAUCAAGCUAUGUGGAUAAGAAGAAAUGACUUGAAUCAUUACUCGACCAAGGUGUACAGAUGCGAGGCUCAUAAUGUGCUGAGAAGAUUUGGUUCGGUGGAGACGCGUGAUUAUCUUCUACAUCCUUCGAGGAAGAUCUUGGCUUCAGCAGUGGUCUAUAGGAACCGCAGAGGUGGGACUUGUACAAGGCCAUUUCUCCAUGAAGCUACGCCUGAACUCCGUGGCACUCUGCACGGGACUGCUGUUUCUGACCACGUCACUGGUGCUCUGCUAGAGGCUAUCACAUCCAUCGGGGCGAGGAGUGUGCUUCUCAGUCCUUUAGGGGGAACCACUGGAAGAGCGAUGCUUAAAGAGCGUCAACUCUGCAUGACCAUGGCUGGCUCUAGCACGCUGCCAUCCGGCGUAUCUGGGAUCAGUAAGGAGCUAGCUGACCUGCGACACCUAAUUCAAUUCCCUGAAGAGAUUGCUAGCAUAUUGACCGAGCAAGAGCAGGAACUCUACCGUAAGGUCUUACCACUCGACUACCUCUGCUUUCUGACCCGGGACUUGGCUGGUUUAGGCUGCCAUAGCAAGCCACCCCCCCUCAAGACUUCUACAUCCGCACCAGCUCUUAGCAGCAAGCACAGGGAGCACAAUGCCGUUGAAGGUCUGGUGUCGAGAUUCAACGAGGUAAGCUCCUGGGUGACAUGGCUGAUUCUGACAGCUGGCUCCAUGGAAGAAAAGAGAGAAGUGUUCUCUUACGUGGUACACGUGGCCAAGUGUUGCUGGAACAUGGGUAAUUACAAUGCUGUAAUGGAAUUCCUGGCGGGCCUCAGGUCCAGGAAAGUACUAAAGAUGUGGCAGUUCAUGGACCAGUCUGACAUUGAAACUAUGCGAAGCCUAAAAGAUGCUAUGGCACAACAUGAAACAUCAUCUGAAUACAGGAAAGUAGUUAGCCGGGCUCUGAAUAUACCCGGCUGCAAAGUGGUUCCCUUCUGUGGUGUGUUUCUAAAAGAGCUCUGUGACGUGCUGGAUGGAGCAGCCAGUUUAAUGAAGUUUCACUCGCGCUGUGAUUCCCAGGAUGACACCAUAGAGUUUGUUGCAGACUACAAUGGACAGAACAAUUUUUUGCAGCGAAUUGGGAAAGAUGGACUUAACAAUAUAGAAAAGGAGUCCACAGUGAACAGCAUCCUCCAGAUAAUUCGAAGCUGUAACAGAAACGUAGAAUCUGAAGAAGGAGAAGAGAAUGCCAGCGACAAUUGUACUACACGGAAGAACUCCUUCAAAGAUAGAAGCAAAUAUCAGUUCAUUGUCGGAGAUCUAUCAGAUUCAGAAAGUGAUUCUUUUGAGCAGUCCAGUGAAUGGGAUCUGAGUGGAGCUGAGGAGCAACAGAAAGCAUUCAGCCAUGAGACUGAACUUAUUCCUUGGUAUGUACUGUCCAUCAGAGCUGACGUCCAUCAAUUUCUUCUGCAAGGGGCAACCGUCAUACAUUAUGACCAAGAGGCCCACCUUUCUGCACGCUGCUUUCUCAAACUGCAACCUGAUAAUUGUACUCUAACCUGGACAAAACCUCCUACUGCCAGUCCAGCCCACACCAAGGUGAAGAGCAUGAUAAUGGGUAACAGUGCAGACUCCUGUCACAGCAAGUUUCAGAUAUAUGGACAUGUGGCACUAAAUGGACUAGUAGAAGGCUUCUUGGAUGUGUCUGCUGUGAAAGCUGUUUACAUGGGACAUACAGGAAUUGAUCUGAAUACUGUAUGUAUACAAAACAAGCUUUGUUCUAUGACUCUGGAGGAGAACUGUGUGACUCUGCUAUAUGGGGUCCAUACAACUGAUAACAGAUUGCUGCACUUUGUGGCCCCUAAGUACACCGCUAAAAUGGUGUACAAUGGAUUACAGGAGCUAACAAACGCUGUGAGAAAGAUGAAGAAAUUUCCUGACCAGAGACUCCAGUGGCUGAGGAAACAGUAUGUCAACUUAUAUCAGGAGGAAGGCAAGUUUGAAGGGCCAACACUUGCUCAAGUUAUUGAACUAUUUGGAGGUAGGCGAUGGAUCACACGAAACACAACCACAGGGACGUUGAACAGAAACACGGAAAAAUCAAACCUGCAGCGCACCAACACACUGGGAAUGAGCACUGCCAAGAAGAUAAAGAAAUCAUUAAUCAGGGGAGACAGUGGGGAUGUCACGGAUGAUGAGAUUUGCACACGCAAGACACGAAGCUGCAAAGAGCCUCGAAGCAGGAGUGGAUCUGAUCCUCCCGAUUUUCUUGAACAAGAGGAAUCAGAUCAGAGCAUCACAGUCGGUUCAGCUGGUUCCUGUAGCAUUCCUGCUAGAGUUCGUUCCCUCACUACCCCAUGUUCCUCCAGCUUAGGCCCCCCGCAUCCUCCAGUGAGGCCUUCCUCCUCUCCAGUCCUGUCAACUAUUAACAAGGCAAAACCUGGCACAAGGGGGAGUAAUAGCUGGCAUGGACGAGUGAAGGGAGGACUGAAAGGAUUCCAGGAUUUCAUGGUCUCCGAUAGUAACAUGAGCUUUGUUGAAUUUGUUGAACUUUUUAAAUCAUUCAGUGUACGGAGUCGGAAGGAUGUAAAGGAUCUUUUUGAUGUUUACUCUGUGAUGUGCAACCGCUCUGGUUCAGAAUCCACCCCACUUUACACUAACCUGACGAUAGACGACAAGAUCAGCGGGCUACAGCCAGACCUAGAUCUUUUAACAAGAAAUGUGUCUGAUCUGGGAUUGUUCAUUAAGAGCCGCCAGCAAAUGUCAGACAAUCAGAGACAGAUUUCCGAUUACAUCGCUGCAACCAGCAUCGUGACUAAUCGAGUGGAAAUUGCAUCCCUGGGAGAGUGCGGAAUGGGAAUUCAGCAACUAAAUGACUUCCUGGUCAACUCUCAAGGAGAACAUCACACUUAUGAUGAAAUCCUCAGUAUUAUACAGAAAUUUGAGCCAGCGGUCAACAUGCGUCAACAGGGUUUGCUGUCAUUUGAGGGUUUUGCAAGAUUUCUAAUGGACAAAGAGAACGUUGCUUCAAAGAAUGAUGAAUCCCAGGUCAAUAUGGAAGAUUUACAGUAUCCCCUUUCAUAUUACUAUAUUGAAUCCUCUCACAACACAUACCUCACUGGCCAUCAGCUCAAAGGAGAAUCUUCAGUGGAACUUUAUAGCCAGGUGCUGUUACAAGGAUGCCGGAGUGUGGAGUUAGACUGCUGGGAUGGGGAUGAUGGCAUGCCCAUCAUAUAUCAUGGGCAUACUCUCACAACAAAGAUUCCAUUUAAGGAUGUAAUAGAGUCAAUCAACCGCAGUGCUUUUAUAAACUCCGACAUGCCUGUCAUUUUAUCGAUAGAGAAUCAUUGCUCUUUGCCCCAGCAAAGGAAGAUGGCAGAAAUCGUCAAGAAUGUGUUUGGAGACAAGCUGGUGACUAAAUUUCUCUUUGAGAGUGAUUUUGCGGAUAAUCCAAUGCUACCUUCAGUAUGGCAACUCAGAGGGAAAAUCCUCCUCAAAAACAAGAAAUUAAAAGCCCACCAGACUCCAGUUGAUAUACUCAAACAGAAAGCACAUCAGCUCGCUAACCUCCAGGCUCAAGCCAGUAAUGGCAAUCUGAGCGGCAGUGGAACCUCCAACAAUGAUGAGGAGGAAGAUGAAGAUGAUGAAUACGAUUAUGACUACGAAUCGCUUUCUGAUGACAAUAUUCUUGAUGAUCGACCUGACAGCAAGUCUUCAAGUGAUAAAUUCCAUUUUGAGUACACUGAAGAAACUCCACGGAGAAUCAAGAAAAUAUCAACUGAUGGAACAUUACAGAACAAAGAAAAGGCGAAGCAAAAGAGAUUUAUUGUUUAUGACAUGGAAUUGGGUGAAGAGUUCUAUCUGCCUCAAAACAAAAAAGAGAGCAGACAAAUUGCGCCUGAGCUCUCAGACCUGGUGAUUUACUGUCAAGCCAUCAAAUUCACAGGUCUUUCGACUCUAAAUGCAACAGGAUCAAACAGAGGCAAAGUGAAACCAAACAGGAAGUCCAACAGAACGAGCCCUGGGGAAUCUGUGACACCAAUUAGAGCAUCUGGAAGAGCCGGCUCUUCUGAAGGUCUGCGAAAGAAUUGCGAAGAGCCAUCCUCUCCACCUUUCAAUCCAACCACCUCUCUGAGCGCUAUAAUCAGGACACCCAAGUGUUACCACAUCUCGUCAGUGAAUGAGAACACUGCCAAGAGGCUGUGCCGCCGCUAUUCCCAGGAACUGAUCCACCAUACGGUCUGUCAGCUGCUCCGAACAUAUCCCGCUGCCACUCGAAUCGACUCCUCCAACCCGUCUCCCCUCAUGUUCUGGCUUCAUGGGAUACAGUUGGUUGCUCUGAAUUAUCAAACAGAUGAUCUUCCAAUGUAUCUGGAUACAGCCAUGUUUGAAGCUAAUGGUGGUUGUGGGUAUAUCUUAAAGCCAGGCGUUCUAUGGGACAAAAAUUGCCUGAUGCAUAACCAGUUCUCUCCUUUAGAACGAAUGGAAAAUAUGAGUCCAGCAAUACAUACCCUAACAAUCAUUUCUGGACAAUAUGUCUGUCCCAGCAACACCUCAGGGAGCCCCUGUGUUGAAGUUGAUGUAUUGGGUAUGCCGCAGGACAGCUGUCACUUUCGCACCAAACCCAUCCACCGCAACACUCUAAACCCCAUGUGGAAUGAACAAUUCUUUUUUCACGUUUACUUUGAAGACCUAAUUUUCUUGCGUUUUGCUGUGGUGGAGAAUAACAGCUCUACUGUAACAGCUCAAAGAGUGAUUCCACUGAAAGCACUUAAACAAGGAUACAGACACCUACAAUUAAGAAAUACUCAUAAUGAACCUCUGGAGAUAUCCAGUCUCUUCAUUUAUAGUCGAAGGAUGGAAGAAAAUUUGUCUGGGAAUCUAAUAUCUGCAUCAGUGCUGUUUAGCACAGAUGAACGGCGAGCUGGUCUUACAUAUAAAGUUACUAUCCACGGGAUUCCUGGCCCCGAACCGUUCAGCGUUUUCACCAUUACUGAGAAGACCACAGCCAGACAGCUGAUGCUCAAAAUUGUAGAAACCAUGGGUGGCUCUGAGUCAGAUGCUGGUGACUUCUUUCUUCUGGAAGAGAAAACAUCUCUUUCUAAAGAGAAGAACGAAUGCAAGAAGCAGCCAUUCCAGCGUGUGAUUAAUCCUGAGGAGGAGAUCCUGGGAAUUCUACAACCAGAGGAAGGGUUUGUGGGGAAAAUUAUUUUGAAAACCAAGGAAGAGAAGCUAAACCAAGAAAACUCCAUGAAUGAGGAGCGAGAGGAUGUGAGUUACAGCAGCAGUCCAGAAGUCGAUAGUUUCUUGGUUCAGGUGCAUGAUGUCUCCCCUGAACAGCCUCGCACCGUUAUCAGGGCGUCAAAGUUCAGCACUGCCCAGGACAUUAUUCUACAGGCACUGAGUAAAGCCAAAUAUUCCUACACGAUCCUAAGUAAUCCAAAUCCCAAUGACUACGUGCUUGUAGAGGAGGUCACCAAAGAGGCUUUAAGCAAGAAAUCGUCAAUGUCGAAGCCUGCACUUCGAAUCCUUUCUGAGAAUGAGAGUGUGUUCCUGGCUCAGAGCAAGUGGAAAGGAGCAGGAAAAUUUAUCCUCAAGCUAAAGGAGCAGGCUGCACAAGAAAAGAAGAAAGGCCUUUCUUUUGCUAAUGAGCUGAAGCGAUUCACCAAAUCCAGUAAACAGAGCCGGAGUUUUUCAAGUCCACUACAGUCACCAUCAUCAGAAAGCUCCCAGAGUAAGGAUGAGAAAACACCAUACAGUGUGCCAUUCUCUGAGAUCACCGAGUGACACCUCUCACAUGGUUGCAGAUUGUGACACUCAGAUUGUUGUAAAAUGAAAUUCAACAGGGCUGUGCCAAAGUGAAGGACAUGAACCUCUAGCAAGUGUAUCGUCAGCCCUUCCUCAGUCGCUUGGUGUUUUGCUCUUUCUUUUUUAAAGAAAAACUGGAAAUUGCACGAACGACUUCAAUAAAGUAAGAAAUCCAGCCAUUGGAAUGAAGUGUAUCAUCGAUUAACGUGACACAAAGGAGAAUUGGCUGACAACGGUUCAGUUUCUAACAAGCAGGCUUGUUUCUUUAUAGACUCGCGUUUCAAUAGGCAUGAACGAAACAGCCAGAAAUUGGAUCUCUCCAAAUGCAGGCUGAGAGCUUGCAGGAGAAUGGACAGCAUGGCCUCAGCUAGACUGAGCAUUGGAGGCUUGCGGGCAUAGAACCCCAAGAAUGAUUAUUUUCGUGUUGCGCACUUUCCCAACCACAUGUUCCCUGACGGCCAUUUGAAAGGCUUGUAGUUGUUCAAAAGUUUGCUAUUCUUCCUCAACUGGGAUCAUGUUAGAAGCCAAUAAUAGUUAUUGAUUUGUUAUCGCAUGGUUAGAGUUCAUUUUAGUUGCUGUUUACAGAUAUUUAAAUUUGAAAGAGGGAAUGAUUCCUUUUGGACUGUGUUGGAUCCCUGGACACAGAUCAGAUUAAUAGGAGAUGAAAGCAAAUCUAAUAAUUUUACUCCAGUAUAAAAUCAUGCACAUUUUUAGAUGUAAAAGACACUGUCGUAGGUUUGUAUUAAAUAUUUUUGGUAGAUUUCAAUUAUUUAUUUAAGCAGAGAUUUAACACUAUGUGCUGUUACAUUUAUUAUAUUAUCUGUUUGUUUCGAUGAGUAAGCUUAUUUUGAUACAUAUAACAAACAUGUCCUGUAAAAAAAAAUUGCAUUUGUUCUCUCUUCACACGUAUGACAAGCGUAUAUACUGUAUUUUAUAUUUUCUUUUUUUUAAAUAAUGAAGACGUCUAACAGGAUAAGAA